AUGACUACCUCCAAUGUCCUGUCGAUUCCCUUCCGGAAGUCUACCCAGAUCUCGCUAUCGAGUUCCAUUCGACAGUACAUCUCUAAGAAGUAUGACCAACACCCAGACAUGUUCCGUCAUGACCUCGAGGUCAUCGAUGGCUUGCGACGUGACGCCGUCAACGUCCGCGAAGCCCACCCCAGCGGCAUCAAGAAGCUACAAACAUACGCCGCCCAGCUUGUCUGGAUUGGCGGGAAGUUCCCUAUCGAUAUCGGGGCCGAGUUUAGCUGGUAUCCCGCCAUGGGUUACAACACCGAACGACCGCUGGUGCAGAACAACCUCCAGUACGAGCUGAUGAACAUACUGUACAACCUGGCGGCGCUAUACUCUCAACUGGCCGUGGCAUCCAAUCGUGGCAGUACGGAGGGGUUGAAGACGGCGGCGAGCUGGUUUUCCCAGGCGGCCGGGAUGAUGAACCAUAUCAAGACCACAGUGCUUCCCGAAUUACGGAUGGCAAACCCUCCCGAGGAUAUGGACGAGUCGACCUUGGAAUCUCUGAUGCAGCUAUUCCUGGCUCAGAGCCAGGAGUGUUUCUGGCAAAAAGCCGUCAUGGACGGCUACAAGGACGCAUCGAUUGCGAAGCUUGCGGCCAAGGUUUCCGACCUGUACGGCAUCGCCGGCGACGCCGCGAUGAAGAGCGAAGCCAUCAGUUCAGCGUGGAUUCACCAUAUGAGCGCAAAGCACCACCACUUUGCUGCCGCCGCGCAAUACAGAGCGGCGUGCGACUGCCUCGAGAAGAGGAGGUAUGGCGAGGAGGUCGCGAGGUUAAAAGAUGCCGUGGCCUGUGUAAAUGAGGGGCUCAAGGAAACACGUGGCACGUACAUCAACACGGCCGUCGUUGGGGACUUGAACGGCUUGAAGAAGCGAGUCGAGGAGGACCUACAGAGAGCAGAGAAGGAUAAUGAUAUGAUUUACCUGAACAUCGUCCCGCCCAAGUCUGAACUCAAGAUCCUCGACAGAGCCAACAUGGCUGUCGCCCGGAUUCCGCCGCAGGUGUCCAAUCCAUACGAAUACCUCGGCGACCACGCCGAGUUCGGCCCUGCCUUAUUCACGAAACUGGUUCCUUUCGCGGUGCACGUCGCAGUAUCGAUCUACGAGGAGCGCCGCGACCGUCUCGUCAACAACAACAUCAUCGCCGAGCUCGAGACGCUAACGGACAAGCUCCACACCAUACUCUCCAGCCUCAAUCUUCCAGGCUCCCUUCAAGCUCUUGAGAAGCCUCUGGGCCUCCCGGGGACUCUUGUGCAGCAUGCCGAGGAGAUCCGGCAGGCCGAUGCCCUGAACAGGGUACAGCGGGGCUUCGCCGACGUGGACAAGCUGCGAGCCAGCGACCGAGCUGUAUUUGAGGAAGGUAAGGCUCUUCUAGCCGCUGAAGAGGAAGAGGACAACCGCCUGCGCCGGAAGCACGGCACCCAACGCUGGGCCCGACCAGAGUCCCGCGCUGACCCGUCCCCGAACGGUGGCGCCAGGCUGUGGAAUCACGCGGCCGAGGUAGAAGGCUACUUUGCCAGCAGCACAUCCAGCGAUGCCGUAGUGCGGGACAAGUUCGCCACGGUGCAGGACAUACUAGCGAUCCUCGCGGGUCCGGACCGCGGCAUCAUGGACUACGUGCCGAGCAGUCGCCGGACCGAGAUCCCGGAGACGCUGAAACCCGCGCUCGGUAGGCUUCGUAGCACGUAUAACGACGUCCUGCGGCUGGAAUCGAGGAGGCGGAAGAGGGCGGAGGCGCUGCGGGAGAAGGCCAGGAGCGACGAUAUCAAGGGGGACAUACUUGGCGAGGCCGCGCGGCUGGAGCGGACGUACCCGACGACGGCGAUCGUCCCCGCGCAUUUCGAGGACUUCUUCGAGAGGAGGCUGGACGACAUGUACGAGCCGGACAUGGAGGUCCUGGAGAAGGAGGCCGCGGACCAGGAGAAGGCUCUGACAGAAGUCCAGCGGGCGAACCGGGAAUUCGAGGCGCAGAAGAAGAAUACGGGGGGCAAGGGGACCAGGGAGCGUGAGGCCGCGCUGCAGAGGCUCGACGAUGCCUACUACAAGUACAAGGAGAUCGUCAACAACCUCGAGGUGGGCAGGAAGUUCUACAACGACCUGAGCACCAUCGUCAGCCACUUCCGAGAUCAGGCGAAGGAGUGGGUCAACGAGAGGCGGAAGGAUGCCCUGAGUCUAGAAGAGUGA